AUGUUUCAGGACCAAAACCUGGGACCUAGGGAUGAUCCAUCAUUAUUUCAAGCAGAUGGGCCCUGGUGAUGUUACAAGAGGCAGGCCCUUGUGAUGUUGAGAGAGUAGCAUCAACCAAAUAUCAAGAACAUGGAAAACACACAUAUACGCACUUUUAAAGACAAUACUGUCAUCCUGAGGUUCCUUACUGUGAGGAUCUGGGAAAAAAAACAAUACCUGUGAGCAGAAAGCCCUAUAACAUACCAGAAGUUUUUACUCAGGACAUUAGUGUGCUCUAUCUGGGACAUACAGCCUGAGGAUGACUAACUCCUUAUCUUUACUUGUGUUUUGUCUCUGUUUGACAAUCUGACAUGUUUUCUGUCUCUUUUGCACAUGACACAAAUUUGACUCAUCCACUGUUGCAAGAGCCUGCCGUAGUCUACAAUCUCUGUUAUUGUGUUCAGGGGAAAGUUGGAAAUGUUGAAAAGAGGAAACUUCUGGGCAGACGAAGGGCCAAGCUGGCACCUCACAUUCCCCAGAGCAGUUCCUCAUGGCAUAUAAAAGGCAGGGUCUCUUUGCCUUACCAAAAGAUUCUCAGAAAAGCUGGUCACCUCCACUGUUUCUCCUGGAGCCUGAUCUGAGAGGAAGUGAGAACGUGCUACUCAUUGCAAGAUGUGGGCAAAGAAUAUUACUGGAAAUUUUGCUAAUGUAAUCCAUGGGUUGACCACAAACCACCUGACAGAUGUGGUUAUUCAGAGAAGCAAACGGAUGAUUCUGGAUACCCUGGGAGUUGGACUGCUCGGCACCAGGACAGAUGUUUUUCAGAAAAUGGUACAAUACAGCAAGAUCUACAGCUCCGACACAUCCAGCUCUGUCUGGGGUCACCCGUAUCUUAAGCUUCCUGCUCUGUAUGCAGCUUUUGUGAAUGGAGUGGCGAUUCACUCCAUGGAUUUUGAUGACACUUGGCACCCAGCCACACACCCCUCUGGGGCUGUGCUGGCUGCUCUUCUUGCUGCCUCCGAAGCCAUAUCUAAAAAGCAACGGAUUUCUGGUCAAGACUUGCUUUUGGCUUUCAAUGUAGGAAUUGAAGUACAAGGAAGGUUGAUGCACUUUUCAAAGGAGGCCAGCAAUGUUCCUAAAAGGUUUCACCCACCAUCCAUCCUUGGCACCAUGGGAAGUGCUGCAGCCACCGCUAAACUCUUGGGUCUCGAUCAGUUUAAAUGUAAGGAAGCCCUGGCAAUUGCUGCCUCCUAUGGUGGUGCACCAUUGGCCAAUGCAGCCACCCAAACUAAACCUCUCCAUGUGGGCAACGCAAGCAAGCAUGGCUUGGAAGCAACCACUUUGGCAUCCUUGGGUCUCCAGGCAAACAAACUGAUCCUGGACCUCGAGUCAGGCUUUGGAGUCUUUUAUACAGAAUACUUCCCUCAGACUCUGCCAAGCUUGGAAUGCUAUUCUUGGUUGCUGGCCCAACAAGACGUUGCAAUCAAGAGCUUCCCAGCACACCUCGGCACACACUGGAUGGCAGAAGCAGCCCUGGCCGCACGGAAGCACCUCGCAAAGAAUGGGGAGUCCCUCCCCAUCGGCCGAAUCAAGUCGGUCCUGCUUAAAGUCCCGGACAUGCAAUAUGUUAAUAGGCCAUUCCCUUCGUCUGAACAUGAAGCUAGGCAUUCCUUCCAAUUUGUGGCAUGCUCUGCACUGCUGGAUGGGUGCAUCUCUGUUGAGUCCUUCAAAGAGAGGAACAUCUCCCGCCCAGAGCUAAAGGAGCUGCUCAGCAAGACACAUCUAGAGCAUCCUCUUGACAACCACCCCAGUUUUAACAGCCUUUACUGUGAAAUUGUCAUCACCCUCAAAGAUGGAAACACCUUUUCAGAGCGCUGUGACACCUUCUACGGGCACUGGAGGAAGCCAUUGCGCAGGGCCGACCUGUUGAAAAAAUUCCAUGCCAAUGCCACCACUGUUCUCUCCCUAGAAGGCGCCAAUCGCAUAAUCGAAACAGUCAAUCAUUUAGAAAGAUUAGAAGACUGCAGAGUUUUGACCUCACUUCUCCAAGGGUAUGAAUUGUCAGCCGAACAGGCAAAACUCAGAAGUGAGCUGCCAUGAAGGAGACUUCUAAAAUGAAGUUUCAUCCCUGCACAAUUGAGAUAGAUGGCUUUUCAGACUUAGGAUUGUUUGGUUUUCUCAAAAAAUCAUUUGCCAUGGAUCAGAUGAACUUCUGCAAAGUAAAUCCAAAAUGAUUAUGCAUUUUAUAUGCACAUCCAGGAGCCAAAAACAAUCAAUAUAUUAGACUGUGUGUAUGUGUGUGAGAUAAACAAGACCCCACUGCUUUGGUAGAGCAAGAAUAGCUCUUCAGAUCUUGACUAAUGGUACUUUCAUUUGCAGAAUAUCACAAAACUCUUCAAAGGGCCCUUCCAGACAGGCCCUAUAUCCCAGGAUCUGAUCCCAGGUUUCUGCUUAUCCCAGAUUAUCAGGCAGUGCAGACUCAUAUAAUCCAGUUUCAAGCAGGAAACCUGGGAUCAGAUCCUGGGGCAUAGGGCCUGCCUGGAAGGGCCCUAAGUCCUAUGGCUUUUAACCUGGGCCAAAAUCCUGCUGUCUCCUAGUGCAGGAAGACCAAGUUCUGUACGUCUCAUUUGAGGGCAAGGAGUAGUGAACUUUGUUAUCAUAUUUCUACCACAGAGAUUCUGGGACACUUUAGAUGGGAGUGAUGGACACCCAUCAUCUCCAGGCAUUAUGUACAAACUGUCAAGUGAUUCUUUCUGUAUUAUCAACUAUGAUGUUUUAAAAUGGCCUUGAAAAGGUGUUCUAGAAGUCAUUUUUACUGCAAUGAAUUUGUUCUCGUGCCUUACCAACCUGCAUUCAAUAAAAAAUUAAAGACUGCCACCCUGUUGCAACAACAUGGUGAUAUCCAAGAUCCUUUGUGAGGAACACAAUCCAGGAAAAGAUGUGUAGAGUUCAGUUCCACUGCAAACAUCUGGGCAGUUGAAAUAUGCACCAGUUGAAACCUUUGCCUUUUUUAUUUGGUCCAAUAAAAGUAUUAUUUUGUGGAAUUUGGA